AUGAGCAGAGUUGUGAUUCUCUCUGUGCUCCUAGUGUCCCUGAGCUGGUGCCGAUGUGCCGUCAUCACAGGGGCAUGUGACAGGGACGUGCAGUGUGGUGUGGGUCUGUGUUGUGCUGUUAGUCUUUGGCUCAGAGGCCUGCGGAUGUGCACACCACAGGGUCUGGAAGGAGACGAAUGCCACCCGUACAGCUACAAGGUUCCUUUUCCCGGCAAAAGACAACACCAUACUUGCCCCUGUCUGCCACACCUGGUCUGCACUAGGUACAUUGAUAAUAGAUAUCGCUGCACCAGUGACUUCAAAAAUAUAGACUUUUAAGAAUAAGGAGCGGAAGACGAUGAAGAAAGGAGAAGAGGAAACAGGAUAGCACAAGAGUAAAACAUAGUGCCAUAUACCACUUUGCACAUCAUUUAUAUCACUGUCAUGUACUUUGCACUGCAAAUGCUGUCAUCCAACUUCUCUCGAAAUGCCAACAUACAUUUUCCCCAGCGUCAUGAGGUCUACCUCACAAUCAUUGGUUUACCUUGGCAUCCACUGCA